AUGACACCCUCGUGGCCGACCACUCAUGGCACGCACGUGUACCGGCCAUCAUGGAGGCCAAAUAAGAGCCGCCCACCGCCGUACCACGCCCCUUCGUCGUUUCCGGCCGCUAGUCCCAGCAGCAGCACUGCGAGACGAACACACCGCGAUAGUUUCUCUCAGCAGCAGAAACCGAGAUACAGGAUGCGGCCCAACAUGUUGCCACCGCUUUUUAUCCCACACGGGCGCCGAGCAGAACCCGUUCUUGUGGGAGGUUCUCGGCCCGAGCCUGCGGCAACAACAGUACCGGUAGCAGCACGACCACCACCACCACCACCAGCAGGAUCAGUAUCUGUACCAGUACCGGGACCAGCAACGGUACCAGGAACAGUACCUGCACCAACACUUGAAACGUCCUCCUUCCGACCCCCUAUCCAGGUCCUUCCACCUCCAUCACAACUCCCAGCAUACCAGGUAAAACCGCCAUCACCUCCGAACGAAGCAAAACUCGACGACUUUGACGACAUUGACGUCUUCAAUUUCUUCAACCCCUGUCUUCUCCCACCAUCGCCCGUCGUCCGGCCUGGGCCCGCACGCGCCAACACCGAGCCUGUCGUUCAUCUUGCUCCGCCCGCACCUCAACUGACGGUGUCUGCGCCGGGCUUGGGGGUAGCACAGCCUGUUGGCCCCGGCCCGGCAAGUGUGGAGGAUCGAAGCGGCGGAGUCAACAACAACCCCGGGCUUUCUGUGAACCCUGCCGGCCAGCAAAAUGGGCCUGCUAGUUCGCAGGCGGGGCUUGCGGAGGAUCAUGUUGACGAGGCCAACGCCAAGGCCGACGAUGCCAAUGUCAAUGACAAGGACAACGACAACACCAUGCUCGAUACGACAAUUUCGAUGUCCCCGUUGUCGAUUCAGCACUCACCGUGUAUUUUGUACUCUCAACCACCGCUCCAUGCGUUAGAGAGGUACCAAAGACAACAGCGAGAACGGCAGGAGCAAGAACAGCAAGCACAGCAGCAACGACAAGAGGAAGAACAAACCCAACGACAACAACAGCAACAAGAACAACAACCACAACGACCUUCGCAAAUUCCACAAAUAUUAAUGCCACACCUACCCACAUCAACAGGGCCAAUAGUCCCAGCAGUCCCAGAUGCAGUCCCGGCGCCACUGGUCCCGCCACGGAAACGGCCCCCUGUUAUCACGCUCUCGAGCCCACAAAACAAAAUAAUCCCACAGACCGGGACCUUGCUUCGCAGGGGCAGCUCUCGGCGGCGGACUCGCCCAGUCUCAGCCACGCUCACUGCCCUCCCCGACUACAACAAGCCACUUCCAUGCCAGCCCAUCGCCGAGGAGGACAACACCGCGGACGCCACGGCCUCAGACAAUUAUCCCAAACACACAGCCGCUACGCCCGGCGCCGAAAGCGGCAACACAAGCGCCAGCACCACCACCAGCGCGACCACAGCAUCCACGACCGCCAGCGACAGCACUGGCAUCAGCAGCGGCAUCUACUCGGCGGUAGGGGCCAGUUACAGCGCAGACAACUUUGACAUCCGCAGCAUCUACUUUGGCGGCGAUUCCGAAGACGAGUCCGACUCCGAGUGCGAGUCGAUCGCCGGCAUUCCGCGCUCCCACUCUCGGGCCCUCUCUCGUUCUCACUCGCGCGCGUUAUCCCGCACUCACUCCCGCGCGCUGUCCAGGACUCUUUCCCGGUCCUACUGCCGCUCUCUUCAACGCACCAACUCCAACCCCGACCUAACCCUCAACUUGAACGUCAACCUCAACCCGAAUCUCAACAACCCCAAUCUCAACCCCACUCUAGCCCCCGAUCUGAACCCCAUUCCCGACCACGGCCUCGGCCCCAGCCCCAGCCCCAAACCUAGCACAGGCCCCAUCUCCCGCGUCCACUCCCGCGCCUCCCACAUCACCCACGGAUCCCAACGCGGCCACAAACACAGCCGCUCCUCCUUCCCACCCGCCAACGCUCCCCUCCACACCUACGCCCACCAGCUACGUCCCUGGGGCCAAUACGACGGCCAAGGAUGGGGCGACGAUUCCGAAGGGUACGGUGCAUACGACUUGAUGCAUCGCAGUUCGAGGAAUAGUAAUCGGAGUCAGCGGAGUCAGUGGAGUCAGCUCAGUCACCACCGGCAUACGCACUACCAUGCGGAGCAUCACCACCAGCAGCACUAUCGUAAUAAUAGCGCGGAUGGUGAUGCGUGCGGGACACCGUACCUUGCGAACGCCCCUGGCGGUGUGUUCAAUAACUUGAAACCGGGCGUGGGACAGACCCAAGCCCAGGCACAAGGACAAACACACGCACAGGGACAUACACACAGCAGCAGCAAAGACCUCGGUAAAAAAGCCGGCAACCGGGAAAGCGCAGCCAUGCGAGAACUAUGGGGCGUGAUUGACGGGUUGUUGGGUCCCGACGGCAGACGGCUGGGUGAUUACGACGCGAGUAGGAUGAGCAUGAGGACGGAUGGGAGUUUAGGUGGCGUGAAUGGGACGGUGAAUGGACCUGCGAAUGGAAAUGGGAGUCAGCAGGGGAAGGCUGGGUAUGUGGUCAGUGAGGAGUCGGAGGAGGAGAGUGAAAGUGAGACGGAAGAAGAGGAGGAGGAACAGAAUGAAAAGAAACGGCAUAGUGGGGAGCAUACUUGGUGGCGGGCCGUGAGGCAGGGGUGGUUGUUGUCAUAG